UUCCUCUUCACCAACACUUUGGAGUCCAGGCCGCCCCGCGCUGCCCCUGCCAGCCCACCUGCCGCGGCAGGAGCCCAGAUCCGGUCGGUCGGCGCUGGUUUGUGGAGGCAACCUCUGCUACGUCCGGGACCAAGCUCACCGUACUUCUCUGCUCCGCUCCUCGUUGCUGCAGCCGGCGACAUCUGCUACGGCGUGACCAUUCUUCCGAGAAGCUUCGCCGCAGGCUGCCACAUAUAUUACAAAUCAAAGAUCGGCCGUAAUUUACAAUGAGGUAGCAGCUGCGGCAGCUUCUUUCAGGGCACCUGCUGCAAAUACAACUAGUGGCGCUGGUAGUGUGCUUAGAAAUCUAGUACAGCAGAGGUAUCCGUCAAGCUUUGCUGGUCAGAGGGCCGAUUAUCGAGGUAGCCGCCUUUUCUUUUGUCUCAUUCAGUGAUUAGUGUAUUGCUUUUUUCCCCAUAAAUGACAUGCAGGCAGUUUGUCUUGAACACUUUUAUGUGCACGAAUGCAUUCUAUUCUCUAUGCAGGAAUUUCAAAUGCAGCAAAGGAGGAAGGACUUAGUACUAAAACUGCACCCUAUUUCAUAGUAGAGAAAGAUCUACUUAAGAAGGAGCUUCUGCGUACCUCUGGAGGCCUUAUAGUUACUGCCGCUGCCUACUAUGCUGUUAAUCAAUUGAUGAAGAAUCUGGAAGUACCUAAGUCUGAAGCCCUUAAUCAGUUGAUGAAGAAUCUGGAAGUUCCCAAGUCAGAAGAUUUGGAAGAAGUUCCCAAGCCUGAAGAUUCGAAAGAUGAUCUUCAGCCUGAAUAUUUGGAAGAAGAUCUUGAUCCUGAAGAUUGGGAAGAAGAUCCUGAACCUGAAGAUUCGGAAGAAGAUCCCGAGUCUGAAGAAUGGAAAGUACCUACGGUUUCGAGCACAAAAUUCAGUGAUGUGAAGGGUGUUGAUGAAGCCAAAUCUGAGCUUGAGGACAUAGUUCAGUACCUACGUGAUCCCAACAGUUUCACAAGCCUUGGUGGCAAGCUUCCAAAGGGUGUUCUGCUUGCUGGCCCACCUGGCACAGGAAAGACCAUGUUGGCAAGGGCUGUGGCCGGCGAAGCAGGCGUACCGUUCUUCACGUGCAGCGGCAGUGAAUUCGAGGAGAUUUAUGUGGGUGUUGGGGCUAAAAGAGUGAGGGAGCUCUUCAGUGCAGCAAAAAAGCGAUCUCCUUGCAUAAUAUUCAUCGAUGAGAUUGACGCCAUUGCUGGGCACAGGAAUGCAGGUGAUACAAAGACAGAGAGGCAGACGCUGAAUCAGCUGCUUGUUGAAAUGGAUGGCUUCGAACAGAAUGAAGGGAUCAUCGUUCUCGCUGCGACCAACCUCAUGCAGUCACUAGAUAAAGCCGCUAUUAGACCCGGUCGUUUUGACUGUCAUGUUCAGGUUCCUAAUCCAGAUAUCGAGGGCCGGCGGCAGAUCCUCGAGGCUUGUAUGUCAAAGGUCAAAUCCAGGGGUGUGGAUCUGAUUGCCAUUGCGAGGGGGACCCCGGGAUUCUCAGGUGCAGACCUUACAAACUUGGUGAACGUUGCUGCUCUUAAGGCUGCCAAGGAUGGGGCAGAAGCUGUUAUGAUGGAUCAUGUUGAAUACGCCAAGGACAAGAUCAUGAUGGGUGGCGAGCGCAAAUCAGCUGUUAUACCUGAUAAAUGCAGGAAGAUGACUGCGUACCACGAGGGAGGUAGGGCACUUGUUGCUUUGCACACGGAUGGUUCUCGCCCUAUCCACAAGGCUACCAUUGUCCCGAGAGGCAACACUCUUGGCAUGGUGAUGCAGCUGCCAGAGGAAGAAGAUGCGUAUAAAGUCUCAAGGAAAAAGAUGUUGGCAAAAUUGGAUAUCCUCAUGGGAGGUAAAGUGGCUGAGGAGCUUAUAUUUGGGGACAACGAGGUGACUUCUGGUGCCCUGUCUGAUCUAAGCGAGGCAACUAAGUUAGCGACAGACAUGGUCACCAAGUAUUGUAUGAGUCAGCGGAUUGGUCUUGUUUCCUAUGGCAAUGGUGAUGGUGAGAAGAUGGCAGCUUUGAGCGGGUAUACAACAGCCCUGGUCGACGAGGAGGUGAAAGAAUUACUGGACAAGGCUUACAAGAAUGCGAAAAAGAUUGUCACGGCGCACAGUAAGGAGCUUCACGUGCUAGCUGAUGCCCUCCUUGAGCAUGGAACUCUCACUGGAGAUCAGAUCAAGAAGCUAGUUCCGCCUAGUAAAUAAAUUGGUCUAGCAGAAUCAGGAAAUAGCUUCUUUGUCCUAAUUAACAUUGGACAGGCAAAACAGUUUUGUCCUGAAAAUCAUUUUUCUGCACAGCAAUGUAAAAGCCGUAAAAGAAAUGUACGGACGAUCCCAAUUUAUGUGAAUUU